GGAAGAUAAACGCCCAGCCAAAACCAGAAAGAAAAAGUACAUUUCUCUGUCACUUUUUGCGUCAAUUCUGCCCCAUCAUGGGGUGCAUCGUUUUGUCAAUUAUGACGAACGUAUUGGCAUUGAAUCACCAGUACGCUCUGAAAAGGAUCUGUGUGGAGUCUGUGCACCAUUUACUACCCUCCCUUCCUUUUUGUAGGACCAACGCCACAACUACCACCCUCCCUUCUCUGCUUCUUCUGCUCAUUCGUUUCUCAUACAUGGCGUCCCCAAGACUUCGGAAUCGCAUUUGGGCAGCCAGCACCCAUAGACAGGCGCCUCCUUAUGCGUCCUUCUAUCUUGUUCCGCCCGCCUGACGAUACGGCCAGGGAGCGGGCGUCCUUCUUUACGGAGGUGCAGAGGCAGCUGGAUUCCGAGGAGGGCGGCGCCUUGCCGGCGGGGCGGCAGGCCACCACCAUCCUCGAUCUGAUGGUAAUAAGGGCCUCUCACAGUAAGAUAUUGAGGCGCUACAGCCUUGGCACCGCCGUCGGGUUUCGGAUGAGGAAGGGCGCUCUCACUGACGUACCUGCCAUAUUGGUUUUCGUCUCCCGGAAGGUUAACAGGCGAUGGUUGUUGGAUUGCCAAGUCUUGCCAACAAAGCUUGUGGGUCCUGGAGGCAUUUGGUGUGACGUGGACGUUGUGGAAUUCUCUUACUAUACUUCGCAUGCUUCAACAUCAAGGGAGCAAGUUUACACGGAGCUUGUAGAGGGCCUAAGAGGAAGUGAUCCACAAAUUGGUCCUGGUUCUCAGGUUUCGAGUCAAGAAACUUAUGGAACUCUUGGAAUGAUAGUAAGAAGCCGAAUUGAUUCUCAUCAAGUUGGAUUUUUGACGAAUCGUCAUGUUGCUGUGGACUUGGACCAUGCCAGUCAAAAGAUGUUCCAUCCUCUACCACCUAAUCUUGGGCCAGGUGUCUGUCUGGGUGCUGUUGAGAGAACAACUUCAUUUGUUAAAGAUAAACUUUGGUAUGGCAUUUUUGCUAGCAGGAGUCCAGAAACAUUUGUGCGAGCAGACGGAGCUUUUGUCCCAUUUGCGGACAGCUUCGAUUUAAGUAAAGUGACAACCUCAGUCAAGGGAGUGGGUGACAUGGGGGAGGUCAUACACGUUGAUCUACAAGCACCUAUUGGCACCAUUAUUGGCAAACCUGUUGUGAAAGUUGGAAGGAGCUCGGGCCUUACUAAAGGCAUGAUUCUUGCAUAUGCUCUGGAAUAUAAUGAUGACAAAGGGAUCUGUUAUUUCACAGAUUUUCUUGUCAUUGGAGAAGAUGGGCAGACAUUUGACCUUGAAGGUGACAGUGGUAGUCUCAUUCUCAUUGUUGAUGAUGGUUUAGAAAAGCCCAGGCCUAUAGGCAUCAUAUGGGGUGGCACUGAAAAUCGAGGACGCCUCAAGCUUAAGGAUGGAUUGGGUCUCUGCAGUUGGACUAGUGCUGUUGAUCUUGGCCGCCUUCUUAAUCUGCUUGAGCUAGAUUUGGUCACUAGAGAUGAAGAACUUCAAGCAUGUUUCAAUAACUUGACUACUCGUGAUGCAGAAGCUAUGGAAGAGAAAGAAUGCAUAUCAAAUGCAGCAUCUGUUGAGGAGGCACCUCCUAAAGGUUGCACCUCGCCAAUUACAUCAACCACUGGACAAUCCAGGGACAUCGCUAAUGUGGAGCACCAGUUGAUGCAGGACUCCCAUGCCUUCUUUGAGCAGACAAAUUUAAGCAGAAAUCUGUUUCCUGAAAAUAUAUCGGGGUAAGAGAUGUUAAGCACAGUCUAAAUGAUGAUGUCUCCAUUUCAUUUCCAACUAUAAACAGAUGGGGGAUCAACAGUUGUCAAGUUAGCUGCUAACUCUAACUGUGUCAACAAAUUGUUGAGUUGGCUAUCUCUAGUAAAGUCUUCAAGGCCAUCGAGGUGUUCGCAUAUAAGUUUCAUAUACUCUUUGAUUUUCUUGAGACGAUUGAUGUUGGAAAAGUAUUGGAAAACCAUACUCAGUUAUUGGCUUCAUUGGAUUAAUUGAAUUUAUGGGAACUAAAUGAUGAAUCUGUUGUACCACACUCUCCAAGCGAAUUAAAUGAAUCUCUCUCUCCCUCCCUCCUGUGUUCAUGUCGAACUGCUGUUCUGCUACUGGACCAAUGUAUCUUUGGUUGAGCAUGUUGUAUAACCAGAAACUCAUCUCAUGAUUGACAAAAGACAACAACUGAAGCACUGACGUAAAACGAAGCAAAAGAGAAGAUAGAAGCAGGAAACAAGAAGAAUAAAGGAAAUCCAUGGAUGUGGAUAACUGUAAUAAGUCAAUAUUAUGUUUUGGUUCCAACAGAUAUAAAAUCAGAAACCUUAUUUUGUUUUCCAAACGUUAAUUCUCGAGUCUAAUUUUGCCUAUAAUUUAAAAAAAAUGAUCAUUUUUUCCCCUUUCUACAGGCAUAUUGUGAAAAAAUUGUUAAUCAAGGACCUGAGUGAACGUCCAUUAACUUGUGAAACGAAAAAAAUCAGCUGCAAUUUCUUUUCAAUAUUUCCGUCGGCGAACUUGAUUACUUUGAUCCUCAGCAGCCACCGGUCCUCUUGAUGCAGGUGGCUUUGACGUUGUCGAGGAAUGUAAUGCUGUAUAUACCACCUUCUUUUUUCUGUUGAAUAAAAGGAUAGGAGCCUUCUCCCAGCCGCUCCUUCAUUGGAACUGAAUUACAUGACUGCCGCUUUUUGCCAAUAUGUUUUUGUUUCUCCUGUUAACGAAAGUUUAUUUCAAAUACUUAUUUGACAGUUCUUACUUGAAAGAGAAGUAUAGCUCUUUUUAAGAAAUUGUGAACCGUAGCUUCUCUUUUGAAAUAGUGACCGUAGUUAUGUGUCAGUAGUAGAAAAUUAGGGAACCGUAGAGCACCUUUUAGUAAAAAGCCAAAGGUGUAGUUAUAAUAAGACCUCUUCAUCGGGUCCCCUUGUGGGUCGACCCCAUAUCCCGAGUUCUCUUAUAGAGUCUGUAAUUACGAGUGUUUGGGUAUUGAUCAGGAGGUUGAAAGAAGUUCCUCCCACGCUGCGUUGGGAAGGUCUGCCUCUUAACUAUUCUGCUGGGCAAAGUUUAGGGAGGUCUGCAUAACAAGGUAUCAGAGUCGUCGAACCUGGGGAAGAAGGAGACCAAGGAGAUGGCCGGGCGAGACACCUUGGCACUGUUGGAAGGGCUGCGGCAGCAGACUGAGGAAUCCCGGCAGCUUGUGCCCAAUCACUUGGAGACAGUGGUGAAGAAUUGCAGCGAAAUGGGGCAACGGUUAGAAGAAGUGGUUCAUUGGAUGCAGACGAUGAUGCACUCAGUCUUGGUAGAGCAGCAGGCCUUGGGCGCGAUGUUCAGAGAGUUGCUCCACAAGGUAAGUUCAGAAACCCAUUCUAAGAAUGCCUCACCUUCUCGUCAUUCCCCUCUGCCUCCCUUACCUCCAGACGACCCGCACAAUCACCGUGGGACUGCAGGAGAUUGUCUGAUGCAGGGUCAGACCUCACUAUUCAAAAUCCCCAAAAUGGAUUUUCCGAAAUUCACAGAGGACGACCCAAUCAGCUGGCUGUUCACGGCUGAGCUAUAUUUCGAAUGUCAAGCAAUUCCUGCGGAGCAACACGUGAGUCACGCCGCUGUGCAUAUGGAAGGACCAGCGAUCAGAUGGUUUCGUUGGAUGGUGCUUCAGCAAGGGUGACCCACCUUGGAGCAAUUCGUGGAUGCUAUUACAAUGAGAUUCAGCCCCUCUGUGUACAUAGAUUUUAAUGUGGAACUUUCCAAGAUUAAGUAGACGUCCACAGCAAUGGAGGAUCAAGUCCAUUUCAAGGAAAUAAGUAACAUGCUGAGGGGCUGGCCGCAAGAGGCGCUGCUAGGGGCAUUCGUCGAUGGCUUGAAGGACGAACUGCGGAUUGAAGUUCAAGUAGCAAAACCAAAAUAUCUACUAGAAGGCUUUGAGUUGGCUCGAAUUGCUGAAGACAAGUCCCUUAGAUUGAACGCUGGAACGAAGCAGAAUAGAAGUGGACGUCUGAUGUUCGGUCGACUUAACCUGCCCAGUAAGAAGAAGAGUGACGCCCCUGCGGUAGUGAAGAAGGAGGACAUGAUAGUGGUAAUCAAGAAAUUAAAUCCAGAACAAAUUAAAGAUCGUCGACGCUGUGGACUAUGUUUCCAUUGCAAUAAGCGAUGGAGCCCCAAUCAUGUCUGUCGAAAACUGCACGUGCACCUGGUAGAAGUGAACGAUGAGGGCGAAACAACAGAGGAAGAAGGAGAAGAGGUCUCAAAAGAAGAGGAGUUGGCAGAAGAAGACGAGGCCAAGACUACAUUUCAGACCUAUCAAGGCCAUUAUGGGUUUCGGGUGAUGCAGUUUGGAUUGACAAACUCACUUGCGACUUUUCAAACCUUGAUGAACUACAUUUUUCGGCCAUACCUCUGCAGGUUUGUGUUGGUCUUUUUUAUGAUAUUCUAAUUUACAACAGGGAUUCCAAGGAGCACGCGGAGCACCUAUUUUUGGUGUUAAGCAUCAUGCGAGAGUAUCCGCUGUAUGCGAAAUAUUCCAAAUGUGCAUUUGGCAGUUCGCAGGUCACUUACCUUGGACAUAUUAUCAAUAGCCAAGGCGUGAGCAUGAAACCAGAAAAAUUUGAGGCAGUUAGGAGUUGGAGCCAGCUGCAAGGAGUGAAAGGGUUGCGAGCGUUUUUAGGUCUGGCAGGGUACUACAGACGCUUUGCGAAGGGAUUCGGCACUCUCGCUGCUCCCCUAACCAGAUUAAUGAAACGAGGAGCUUUUCGUUGGGAAGAGCACAAUAACCGCAGCCUUUGAAAUGCACAAGACUGCCAUAACUCAAGCACUGGUCCUUGCAAUGCCAAAUUUCCUGCAACCAUUUACGGUGGAGACUGAUGCUUCUGAGGUAGAGGUGGGUGUUGUGCUCAGUCAAGAUUACAGGCCAAUAGCCUAUUACAGCAAGGCAAUGGGAGGUAGAUUCCAGAGCAAAUCCGCCUAUGAACGUAAGCUGAUUGGAGUAGUGUUGGCUGUCCGGAAGUGGCACCAAUACCUAGUGGGGAGGUUGUUUCAGAUAUUGACUAACCACGCCAGUUUAAGGCACCAUAUGCAUUAGAAAAUGUUGAUUCCAGUGCAGCAGAAAUGGGUUCUAAAAUUGUCAGGGUAUGAAUUUGAGAUAGUGCACAGGAAAGGAGCAGAAAACUCGGGUGAGGAUGGAUUAUCCAGGAAAUUUACACUAGAGGAUAAUGAAGAGGCAGUUAAUGGGCAUCUGCACACCCUUAUCUGACCCUUUUCACAACUAUGGGAGAAGUUAGAGCAUGAACAUCGUGAUCCCAGCUUGGUGCAGGAAAAGAGAAAGACAGUUAGAAACUGCAACCUUACAGGUCUAUGGAUACAAAUGGCGUGAACCCUACCUGCAUUACCAUGAUGGAAUUGAAGUUGUGCAUCAAGGAGUGGACAGAACGUAUAGAAGGAUGAGACAACCUUUUUAUUGGCUAGGGGUGAAAAGGGAUGUCAGAACAUACGUGCAGUCGUGCGACACUUGUGAAAGACAUAAAUAUGAAAGGCCUCGAUCUGCUAGACUUCUCCAGCCCUUACCCAUACCAGCAUGAAUUUGGGAGGAUAUCUCCCUUGAUUUCAUUGAAGUGUUACCUAAGUCGAAUGGGAAAUCUGUCAUUCUAGUUGUGGUGGACAGACUCUCAAAAUACGCCCACUUUAUGACGUUGGCCCACCCGUAUACAGCCAAGGAAGUGGCGAGAACCUUUCAUGAUCAUGUUGGAAAACUGCACGAGAUGCCCAGAUCAAUUGUAAGCGACAGGGACUCGGUGUUCCUAAGUCAUUUCUGGCAUGCCUAUUUUGAAAUACAAUGGACCAAGUUGCAUAUGAGUACAGCUUACCAUCCUCAAACGGAUGGUCAGACAGAGGCUGUGCAUAAGAUCAUGGUGACAUACUUAAGAUGUUAUGUGGAUCAUGGACAGAUUAUCUUGCGUGGGCUGAGUUUACAUACGAUACCGCCACCCACUCAUCGACUAAAACGUCCCCAUUCCAAGCGGUUUAUGGCAGGUUGCCGCCUGACUUACAGAGAUUCCAUCCCUCUACUUAAGCUCUUGACGAGGUAGACGUGCAGCUACUGUCGAGAGAUCAAGUAAUCCAAAUUCUCAAGGCCAACUUAGCUGCAGCUGAGAACAAAAUAACACUACAGUAUAACAGGCGACAUCGAGACGCCAUCGAGAAGUGGAGUUUCAGGUCGGCGAUUGGGUAUAUCUUAGAGAUUUUCCCCUUGCACGUGUACAGCGAAAAACAGAUCGGAUUCGCAAGUUCACAGCUCGGUAUUCAAGACCCUUUCGCAUUGUGGAGCGUGUGAGAAAACUGGCUUACAAGUUGCAGCUUCUCCCCGAUACUACAAUUCACCCAAUCUUUCAUGUCACACGCUUCAAAGCCAGUCACAUUGCCCCUGAUCAGUUGGCUGCAAGCGUACCUCCCCCUCAGGGCCAUCAGGCUCUCCUGUUUCUCUUCCGAGUGUUAAUGAAGAUGAAGGUAAAGAAAGCUGAGAAGUUAGCAACACAGCUGCUAGUGUAAUGGCAGGGGGCAAAAGCAGUUGAUCCUACCUGGGAAGAAGAAGAGCAACGAAAUACUGCGUUUUCCUACAUUCACACCUUGAGGACAUUGUGUCUUUCGAAGGGUGGGGAGAUUGUUGGUAGUAGGAAACUAGGGAACCGUAGAGCACCUUUUAGUAAAAAGCUAAUGGUGUAGUUAUAAUAAGGCAUCCUCCUCAGGUCCCCUUGUAGGUCGACCCACAUCCCGAGUUCUCUUAUUAUCUUAUAUAGUCUGUAAUUACGAGUGUUUGAUCAAGAAGUUAAUGAAGUUCCUCCCAAGCUGGGCUGGGAAGGUUUUACCCUAA